UUGUUUUAUUAAGUCACAUGACUUUCUAGCAACUGUUGAUCAUUUCACGGAAGCUUCCACACUGGUGACAAGUUAUAUGAAGGAAGUACUAAUGGUUUACAGAGCAGAAGGCGGGGACCUCGGUCGCCCGUGUCUGUGAUUGGUCCAGUGGUGAUUUGUUCAGUCAAUCAGUUUAAAUGUGGCUUCACUGCGUCAAAAUUAAUUUGCAUAAAGUUGAGAGAUCUCUACUCUGUGAGAUUCUCCUGCUUGUCCCAUAAGUAGUUACUGGUCGCCUGUCGCUCUAGUGAGUGUUUCUGGUGUUCAUGAUGGUGUUGAUUGAGUCGGAGAAGUUGAGAAUCUGUAAAUGCUAUUUUGUGGGUUCGGGGAGCUGCAGGUGUCUGCGUCGGGUGAGCGGAAGCGAAGAGGAGAGUGUGUUGUGUGCACUUGGACUGAAAACUAUGAGCUCUUUAAAGGAGAGAUAAAGCUGAUUUAAUGGACACUUGUUGAAACACCGCGCGAGGACCACAUCUGAGCCUGCUGUCAAGAUUUGUAAACUGCAUCAAAGUGAGGAGAUCUUUCUGCUAAUGGAAUUUUGACAAAACCCACUCAACCGGACAGAUGGCUCUGAAUUCCUGCAUAAUGAAAGAUUAAAGAUAUGGGAUGUACAACAUCCAGACCAAAUUAUCAGCAAUAUGGUAAUGCAGACGAAGAAACGGUGCCACUCAUUGAUGACAUCAAUGUUGUGCUUAUUGGUUGUAAAAACUCUGGGAAAACUAAAGUUGCAAAUGCCAUUCUUGGAAAGAAAGCCUUCACACAGACCACAUAUUCAGAUGAGUAUGUGCAGCGCCAAAAGACAACUUUUGGAAGGACUAUUUCUGUAAUUCGUGUUCCUGGUUGGUCUGGAGAUUUGAAAUCUGGAGGUAAUGAGCAAAAACAUGUUCGGCAGGUGAUAAAGGACAGCGUGUGGUCCUUCAAACCUGGAACUAAUGCCAUCAUACUGGUGGUUGAAAAGGACACACAACUUUCAAGCACAACAAAAAGCACAUUAAAAACACUUUUGGGUCCCGGUGUUGCUGAGCACAUUUUAGUCAUUUCCACAGAUGGAAACAAGAUUUCAGUUGCUACAAUAAGUGAGCAUUAUAAUAACAAACAAACAAUAAUUCAACCAUAUCAGAAUCAUUACUUAUUCUGGAGAAAAAUAUGUAGAAACCAGCACCUGAAGUUAAUUGAAACAAUUGAGGAUUUUAUUGUGGGAAAUAAUGAUAUUUAUUUUUGUCCAGUGGGCAAAGGAGAACCCAAACCUGCACUGCAGAUUGAGCAGUUGGAAACUGUUGUGAAUAGACUAAGUCAGAGAAUCUCUCAAUACACAGACAGAAAUAAUGAAAUGAAUAAUGAAAUCAGUAAACUACAAAAGGUACUGGGAAAAAAGCAGGAAACACUGAAAGCUCUGAGGUUUAAAAAUUCCACAGAGCUCUCUGUCCUGCAUGGAGGGAUCCCCCAAUUUGAUGAAGAUCGAAGGGAAGAAGAAGUAAAGGGAAAGGGGAAAAAAAGAAGUAAUAAAAAAACAAGAAAAAGAAAACGUGGAAGAAACAAACACGCACACAAAGAAGAUGCACAGGAAUUAGUCCCACUGUGCUCAGCAGAAGAAACACCAGUUGAAGAAAAGCAGGCCAGUAAAGGUGUGGACUUUGUGGACAGUUUCCGUGCAGAAAUCAUUCAGAAAGUUACAUCAGUUGAGCCCAUUCUUGAUGAAUUGUUUCAAUUUAUUGGGGGAGAACAGUAUUCAAACGUCACACAACAUAAAACACCCCAGAAAAAACUAAGAGAGCUCUACACUAUCUUAAAUGCACGUGGACCAAAGCUGAAAGCAAAGUUUUACAAGAGUCUGGUAAAAUAUGAGAAUGGAAUUGUCAACGAACUAUAUGAAGGGGUUAGUGAGUCUACCAAUCACAAAGACUGUGUAAGGACACAGGGAUUUGUAACGUUUCGUAAAAAGACUAGUUAGCAGACUUGUAAUUGUAAUUGGUGCAAAUGUGGUACCAAACUGUGAGUCUGAUCGUUGUGCUGAUUUUUUGGGGAGUGUGGGUGCCUUUCAGGGCUUCCUCUUAUACUGGCCAGUAGAGCGCACAGCUUUGUGUAGAAGGGGGGGAGGUAAAGUCUGGGAACCUGUGGAGAAGACAAGGAGAAAGAGUCAAGGUGCUGAUGCUUGCAGGGUAAAGCAUACCCUCCUUUUUGAUGUACAAACCUGAACAUUUCCUCACACUUUCAAAAACUACUUAACCAUUUUCACCUAUUUAACACAGAGUUAACACAAAGAAAACCAAAUUAAUUAUAGAACAAUGCUUAUUCUGAAGCCAUAAAAAUAAGAGACAUUACUGGGAAGGUGCAAAGCAAUUGUCUUUAAGAUAUUAAGCCUCUACUCUCUUAAAGAAAAAAUGCUUUAGGAGGUUCUUUUAGCAAUGAUAAACAGGUACUUUAAUUUUAAUAAUAACUGUUUUAAAUAGAUAUUUGUGAAAGUAUAGAUGUUCCAAAAUUGGUUAAUCUAGCUUUUUAAGAGUAUAACACAGUUGGAGCCAAGGUAGGGUGCAUUUCGCAGCUGCUACAUAUAGAAGGCUGUUCAAAAGUAAAGGACCCUUUAAAUGACAGUUGUACCGCCAGAGCUGGACCACCCUCUAUAUGCUUACUAUGCAUGCUGCAAAGGGCUCACAAAUGAAAAAAAUACCCCUGUCUCUGCCUUUUGUCAAGUUAGGAAGAAUUAGAGUCUUAUAUCAAUCAGAAGGUAAAGCGAAACUAUCCUUCAGUACAAGAAAAGUACUGUAAAUCAUUCUACUACAUCAGGGGUCGGCAAUUCAGAUAUUUUCCAAGUCAUUUCGUGGCGGGCCACAAGUAGGGGUGGGGUUGGGUUGAAAGAAAAAAAUAAAUAUAAAAACACGCCGCUCCUCAAGUGGGAUCAAACCCAGGUCGUCAGGAUCGUGCCCCAAUACACUACUGCUGCCCCAGCUACUGAAUUGGGACAGGUCCAGGAAAAAACGUUGUUUUAAAGAGAUACGGAGCCGAAAACUAAAGUCGGAAAAACUAAAGUCACGCUGAGUGCGACAGAGAGACAGCGGAACAAAAAAUCUGGCCAGAGAGGCAUUUUAUUUUUUCAUUAUAGUUCAAAUAGCCUCACGGGUCAUAUGUUUAAUGCUUGCGGGCCGCCUAUUGCCGACCUAUAUACUGGAUAUAUUGGAUUUUUAAUAAAUAAUAGUCUAGGAACCAAAGCCAUUGGAAGAUUGUUUAGAGUUGCACAGUGGCUCUCCUUAACCUUUAAAGCUUCACAGUUCCACCAUAAUCAUACGUCAAACAAACUCUGAAACAUAAAAGUGAACAUAUACUGAGUUUUAUACUUGUUUAAUUGUCCCCAAAUACACCAAUAGACACUGAAAGUUCCUUACUGUUCCAUUCCACUUUAAAAAGUGAUAUAGUUCAUUCCAAGUAACAGAUUUUUUUUUUAAGUUUCAGUUUUAUCUGAAAUACACAUUAUCAACUUUACCCGGCACUGUGCAGACCAAAUAGUGCCUGGCUUGAUAAGAUGCAUGCCAAUUUUUAGAGAGAGUCACAUCAACUUUGUUAACUUCAAUGGUUAUUAUCAUUUUAUUUUAUUUUUUUACAAACUUGUGGAGCCUCUUAAUAGUUUCUGGAACUUUAGCUGCAAUAUUAGAUACAGAUUUGCAGCAGAAUAAGCCAUUUGUAGUCAAUUUUUACAUGGUACAACACUUGAUACUAUUUAUGCACUUGAUACAUGCACGCUCUCCCUACACUGGAAGCCAUCACCUGCUGACCAAUGGGAGGCCUGGCUGGAGAAAUAGGGGGAUGAGCCAAUCUUUUAAAAAAUAGGAUCCAAGAUAGCUGCUAGAGAGAAAGAACUUGUCACACCAUGUGCAGUGUUGUAAGUGUCAUUUUAAAUCUCUGAUGUUAGAGUUUAUAUACUUUUUCUAUACUUUUCACUCUAUUUUUGGGAUUUGCUUUGGUUCUAGGUAUUUUACCCGCUGCUCUUAACUUUGUUUUAUAAGAGAUGUGUUAUUUAGGCAGGCACCACCCAGUGUAUUUUGGAUAUUUUUCUGGGAAGCACAGCAGGUGUAAUCUAAUCUGUAAUCCAAUCUUUGCAAUCCAGUCCAAUUUUACAUUAUUUAUAACACAGGUGUGUUAAUUCUGUGUCUGUGGAAAAAGUGAAGAAA